AUGAGUGCUGGCCGUUCCUCGAGCCGCCGCCGCCGCCGCGUGGCCGUGCCGCUGCUGCUGGUGCUGCUCGCGCUGCUGGUUGCAGUCCCUGCGUGCAUGGGCAACAAGUUGCACAAGAUGGCUGUGCUGGCCGGUGCGUACGGCAUUGGCGCCGGUGGACACUUGCUGGGUGGCCUGGGCCUGCUGCACGGCUUGCAUGGUCUCUACAGCCACCACCAUGGGCACCACCACGGCUACCACCACGGUCAUCAUCACUACGAGCAUCACGUAUCGUACCCCGUGCCGGUACCGGUGCCGGUGCCAGUGCACGUUCACCAUCUGCACACGGGAUAUCACCAUGACCUCGGCUACCACGGCUUCGGAUACCACAGCGGCUACGGUGGAUACGGCGGUUGGUGGUGAAGCCAUGAACUAUGACCUCAGCGGAGAGCACCAGCUCAGAAUGUCAGACCAGAACAUCAGGGACUCCGGAGUGUAGACCUACGUGUGAAUAGUGUAUGUGAAUGCACAUCCCAACCGGGGCAAGCAGGUUACAUAAUGUGAUAAUUAUUGUUUUACGGCAUGUCUCUUGAUAGCAUAAUUUCAGCCAGCUGUUUAUAGGAGCAGCUUUGUGAUGGCUCAGACUGGAUCCAACUGGAUCCUCAGGAAAGUUGACAGUUGUCAUGCGAUACACUGCUGAACAACUCGACGCUAUCCUUACGAUCUAUUUGCGAUCGAUGAAAUCCGGAAACGCGAUAAAUUUGUCUGUGCCAUUCAUUUCUAGUUUACACCUGUAUCGCGUCAUGCACGCACAACUGUGCAAGUUCAAUAAAUAUAUU